AUGUUCUGGCUGUCCGCGCUGCCCUCUCACUCCAUCUUCACCCUCCCUUCCCCGUCAACCGACAACACCCUUGAAAACAACAGCCGCCCAAGUGACCGCCUCGCAAAGAGCACCAUCUCUCAUUCCGCAUCAAGCAAAUCCCUCUUCGGACUCUCGACCCCAGCUCAACCAGACUCGCCCUCCCGCACUCAUGCCUCGACACCGCGACGUCCUGCACUCGCUGCAUCCACGUCGCGCACGCACACGCACGACGUCGAGCGGAGACUGAAGGGCGCGAGGACGAGCAGGCUGGUCGUUGCGAGGGGGACGGACCUCGUUGUCGCGGUCGGGAGCGAGUUGAGGAUGGCGAGUUUGGCGGAAGUCAAGGCGCGGAGCGGGGCUGAUUCUGCGGAUGGCGAGACAGACCUGGGAGAGUACAAGGUCCUCGACACCCCCGCAAUCAACUUUGAGAUCCAACAACUCGUCUUGAACUCGACUUCGAAGCUUCUUGCGGUCGUCGGUGCGCACUCAGUGGUCGUGGUGGUCUUGCCCCGACGAGGAUGGGCCAACACGGUGGGAAAGACCAUUGAGUGCCGCUGCCUCCCCGUCGGCGCCUUCUACCACUCCCUCCCCGGUUCUCCCGCGAUCGCCUCAGCCCUCUGGCACCCCCUAGGCGCCGACUCCUCCUCCCUUCUCCUCCUCACAACCGACUGCACCCUCCGCGAAUACUCCAUCUCAACCGACGUUUCCGAGCCCUCCCAAACCCUGUCGUUCCUUCCCCAAUCCGAGCGGGAGAAAGGAAAGAGGAGGGGAUUCGGGUUUUCGGCGGUUGACGAGGGCGCGAGAACCGCGACGGGAAUGUGCGUGGGAGAGGGGAAGGGCGAUUGGGGAAUGAUGACGCUUUAUGCGGUGAUGAGGAAUGGGGACGUGCUGGCUUUGUGUCCGUUCUUGCCGAAAAAGGCCGCUAUCCCCCCCUCAUUCAUCCACUCCCUCUCAACCUUCGUCUCCUCUAAAGUCAAUUACCUCUCCUCCUCCCUCUCGACGCGCAUCACUCCCUCCACCCCCCCAACUUCCGCUCGCGCACAAGAAGCCCUCGAAGCGCGUUACACGACCCAACUCGCGUUCGUCAAUUCGCUCGUGAGGCAGGUCCAGAGCGCUACGUCUCAACGACUCUCCGCCUUCGAUGCUGCUGAAGACCACGACGAGGAAGACCUCGAUGCGCCGGUGCGAAUUACAGCUCCCUCCAGACCUGCCUGGCUCCCCACCCUCCAAGGCCCGUUCCUCCUCCAACCCGCCCCAUGCGACCUCUCCAACAGCGCCGACGAUUCCGCCUGCGACAUCUCUUACCUCUCCUCGGGUGAAGGUGGGCUCGGAGUGCUGGUGGUCGCGUAUAGGGACGGGAAGGUGGAUGUGAUGCUUGAGGUGGAGAAAGUUGAGGGGAGGUUUGUGGGCGAGGAAGAGGGACGGAGGAGGGUGGAUGAGGGAGCGGUAGUGCUUGCUCGAAGGGGCGGGAAGGGGAAGGGCAGAGGGUUUAGCGCAGACUCGGACGACGACGCCGACGACUCAGCAGACUCAACAACCGACCUCCCGACUCUGGCAGUCUACGAAUCGAUCGACCUCGGUCUCGCAUCCGAACUCGCCUCCUCCGCCGUCUCGACCGAACUCAGUCACAACGCGCCCGUCCUCGUUCGUGAUCCGCUCUACUCCGACACGGUGUAUGUCCAGCACAAACUCGGCGCGCAUUGUUUGUUGUUUGGACCGUGGUUGGAAGAGGUGGGUGAGGCUCUCAGGGUGGAUGCGGAGAAGGACGAUGCGGGUGGGAAGGAAGGGAGCGAGGUGGAGAAGGUCUUGCGGAAGGGAACUGGGACCGAGGUCUUGUGGGUGCUCAAGACGGUCGGAUCGGGUGAGGAAGAAGGCGAGGAGCGCAACCCGCCUGUCGAGGGGUUGGCGAUCGUCAACGACGUCUACCUCGGCUACUCGCUCCUCCUCCUCACUUCUUCCCUCCAACUCGUCGGCAUCGAGCUCGCACUCCGCGUCGACCCGUCCGCCUCGGCACUCGCCUUGCCUUCGUCGCCCGGUCCUUCAGCCUCGUCAACGACCGACAACAAGGCUGCCGAACCCGCCUACGUCUCGCUCCUCGACACGCCUUUCACCGUCCCUCCCCUCCUCUCGACCUCUUCUCGCUCCGGCGCCCCCGCCAUCCCCCGCCUCGCGCCAACGAAACAACCCCUCGAAAUCACGCCCGACACGCUCCGCGCCUUCGGCAAACACGUCUCGACCGUCCAAGACGCGAUUCGUGACCUUGUCGGAGCGGCGGAUAGCGUCCAGAGUCGUCUCGAGUUGCAGAUGAAGGAGCUGUCGAGGCAGGUUGGGAAGUUGGCAGAGUUGGAUUCGUUGAGGAGCGAGUUGGGGAAGAGUGUCUCUGCGACGGGCCUUGAAGGACGGUUAAGGAGCGUCGAGGAGAAGCAGCGCAUGUUGCUCGCGAGGACGGACCGUGUCCUUCAGCGAUUGGUCGAGUCGCAUCAACCGUCGAUCUCGGUUUACGAGCGCAAAUGGUUCGACGAGCUCGAGAGGCUCGAGGGGCAGAUAGUCGGCGACGAGUCGGGCAGCUUGGAGAGUCGGACGAGGAGGCUCGAGGCGAUGCUUGAGGCGCUCAGGCCGGGUUUGGAGGAGUUGAAGCGGAAGGAGGCGGGAGGAGGCGUGCAGGGAACGCCCGGCAGGAGAGGCGGGAUGGGCGAGGCGCAGGUCAAGGCGCUCGAGGCGAGGUUGGCGGAAGAAGCGAAACUUAUUGCGGAUGCGAAGCGCAAGGUUGAACGGUUGACGAGCUCGCUGUCCGCCACUUCGCUCGCUGCGUAG